CGCUCUUACAUGGCAUGACCUUGCAUGAUUUAUUUCUACUUGGGUGAAAAAAAGUUAACAAAAAACGACAUUUAUUAUGAUUUCAAAACUCGAGGUGUUUCAUAUAAGCAUAGCAUGGAUGAAUGAAAACUUGCGAGGAAGGCUUAUCGUAUAGUUUGCCAAGUGAUGAGAAAAUUCGGCAAGGAUCGCCCCGAAUGAUUUCUGGGAUGUUGAAGAUGGCAGAGUCAGAAGUAUCAGAACCAAAGAUUGCAGAUGAAGGACUUGAUGAAGCGAAAGAACAAAACAGAGAUCCCGCAGAACUCACAGAUCAUGAGAACAUUAAAGGCAAAGAAGCAUUAAGUGAUCAGUGUGAUACAAUAGAGAAGACUAAAGAAUCAAAAAGAUCAGCGAGUGAUUUAAUGAGUAAUGUCAAGACGGAAGAGGAAAAGACGCAUAUAUGUCAGCCGUGUGAAGCCGGGAUGCAGAAAGUGAACUUGGAUGGGGACUGUACAGACAGGGGGCAGCUGAAAGACACUGAGAAUGUACGGACGGCGGGGUCUGGCUGCAGUAGUCCUGCGAGUAGUACGACAGGCGUUGAUCAUGACCUCAGGCUGCCUGUGGAAUCACCAGGGGCGUGGUCUCCAAGUGGUUCGCAGAUACACUACGUGGCGGACUCCCCGCUCACCCCAACCCGGUUCCGAUCCAAGUCAGAGGCCGACACCAGUACGAACCCUAUCCACGCGCAGGCCAUAGUGGGCACCAGCGCAGUGCGGCCAAAGGAGCGUCGAGCUAGCUCGACGUCGUCCGUCGGCGGUGGGACCACAUCGUCGCCCAGCAGUAGUAGCAUGGCCGAGUCGCCACGCGGGGAACCAGCUGGAUCGGCGUCCGGAUCGCUCUCGCUGCACGGUACGGUGACACGCGAAGGGGAAAUGCUUUCAUUUGUUGCCGAUGACCUAAUGGAGAAAAUCCGUCAGAGCGGUGACCCAUUGAAAGCUAAGGAUAGGGGUAGUAGUACUGGUUCCUCCACCUGUCACACGCCUUCAUCAUCCCACAGCCGCACUCCUUCCCUAAGCCCCUCUGGGAUCAGUGCCAGUGCCAUCCCCCCGGUAGACCCCACGGCGCUGGCUGACAUUGAGAGGCAUUGUAAGCGGGUUGCGGAUAACGUGGAGCUCAUGAUGGGCCACUUGUCCAGUACACUACAGAAUAUGUCGGCCAUUACUGUUGGGCAUACACAGACGUACAGGGAUGCAGUGGACAAGGCCGGUGUGACUGUAGAUCAAAGUGUGAAGUGUAUGUAUGCCCUAAUAGCAAGGUGUGAAGAACUCAACAAAACCAUGGAGCCUGUUCAUCAGCUUGCCAAUCAAAUCAAAUCAAUCAAGAGACUACUAGAAGAAAUGGAGGCUGUCUGCAAGUAACGUCACAAAAUUGCUGCUAUAAACUCCAACAAUUGUCCAAUUGCAAAUGAUGUUUUCUAGUGUCUGAACUGAGUGCUUGUCUUUUCAUCAUGUCCGAACAAUUUAAAAUUUGGCUAAAUGUCUUAAAUGAAGAAAAUAAACAGUUGCACUGUACAUGUUCAGGGGCUACUUGCUGUCUAUUAUAUGAACAAGGACAACAACUCUUCAAUCAAAAAUUGAUGCUUUUAAUUUGCACUGAACCUUGUACUUGUUCCAACAUGUUUUGAGCAUCUUCCUAUUCGCUCCAUUGCAAAAGACAUUUUGUAUUUACAUGUUUGGCAUCCGCGUAAACAUUCACCAAAGAUUAUCAAAGUUGUUCACAAAGUAGCAGGUUCAUUGUGUGUCUUUUUGCCCAACUGUAAGCAAAACUGUUAGCAAUUAUGAAACUGCAAAGUAUUCUGGAGUAGGGCUGUGUAUCGGAACCAGGUACCGCGUACCCGACUGUUGAUGUCAGGAACCAGUUCCAGAUUAUGGGAUCGGGUACCCGUAACCAACUUUACU